AUACAAAUUAUCGAUAAACUGGGUAUACACAUGCCAAAUUUAUUGAACUAUCGGUUUUUGUAAUUUUCUGUGCCGCUUGAGGGUUUCCUGCCCUAUUUGAUCAAAUAAAUAAUAUUGUUAAAAUAUUGAAGGGUUUUUUAAACAUGGGAAGGGGAAAGAAAAAAGGUAGGCGUAGGGGUCAUAGACCGCACUAUCGUGGCAAACCCCUUUGGCAACUUUUGGAUAAUCUGCCCAAUCAUGGCGUCGGCCGGCUACUUGUUCGUGGCUCCUUUAGGCAAGAUAUGGAUGCACCCAGCUUUAUGCGAAUUCUGGAAGUAGAUAUGAGCUCGAAAAUGGUUAAAAGGGGAAAAGGAAAGAAAGGCGAUAAAAUAAGGAUACCAGUGAAGGUAGAAAGGGUUUGGCGCGGCGUUAUUUUUCCCCGACCGGUUAAUAUUGCCAGUACGAGCUAUUUGAGUGAUUUCAUUUUGGUAGCAAAAGACGAAGAAGAAAAGUAUUUAAAAAAUGCCAAGACACCGAAUCAAGUGGGCUAUGUCUACUGGAAUGCAGCCCAAAAGAGACAUAUACGUGAUAUGAUAGCAGGGGGUUUGGCACCGGCUGAAGCAAAACAAAGGGAAAAGGAAAGGAUAGCCCGUGAGGAAGCUGAACAAGCUGAACGCGAAGGUAGAGCACCAAGCACAGCGCCGGUUAUGCAAUUAAACCAAACUGACUUCAUUGAUAAUUUUGAUGAGGAUGACGAAGGAGAAACUAGCGGUUCUUUUGACUCCGAUUAUCAACCCGAAGAAAAGAAAGAGCCAAAAAAGAAAAAUACGAAUAAUGAUCAAACUCGUGGUAUAACACCAAAAGGCAGCGAUUAUGAAAUGUCUCGUAAUAAAGUAAAAAGAUAUAAUCAAUAUCAGGAAAAACAUAGAAGGCCCCGCGAAGAAUUCCACAGAAAUGAAAAUGUGCAAGAAGAUUUCGGAGAAUUCUCAGCGCUGCAAAAAGAAAGAAUAGAAAGAAUGGUUAAAAAUGGCAUGGAUCCGGAUACAGCUAAGCAAUUAGAAUGGGAGAGACAAACAGCUUUGGAGGCAAAUGCUGAUAGCGGGUUAAAUGAAGCUGAAGCAGGUCCUAGCAGCAGCUUAAAAAGAUCUAUGCCGGAAGCAUCAAAUGAGUAUGAUCGUGGAAAGGAAAAAGUAGCUAAAAUUGGUUAAAUUUAUACAACUUUGGAUUAUAACAAUAUCUGAGAAAAUUUUUACAAUUUGAAAACAUUUCGCAGAUUUAUUAAUUUUGAAUGAAUUGAAUGAGUUUUUAAGCAACCUGAGACAUAAUAUUUGUAUGCAUGUAGAUGAAUACAUAAUAAAUAUGUAUACCCAAUUUACACGUUUAUAUUAAGCGGUUGCAAACGUAUUACGUUCUGAGUUUUCGAUUAAAAUCACUAAUGUUCAUACAUACAUAUGUA